AUGCCGUACACGCCUCCAUCGCAGCAAUCGCCUGCGUCGUCAAAGUCCAGCAGCCCCGUCAUCAGCCGAUCGUCCUCAUACCAUCAGGACGAUAACAACAACAACAAUGGCGUGCCACGAUCGCCCGUAUCGCAUAGGCCGCAACCACCGCGAUCACACUCGUCUGCCUCGUACCUGCACAAGCAUCGACGUUCACCCUCGAUACCGAAGGCCGAUCAUGCCGCCCCACCGACACCGGUCCAGGGACCCAAUGCUCAGGUCUCGGCACUGGACUUUGCAACAAUGAACAGCCUCCGCCAAUCGCCGCCGCCCAGGAAUAACCUUCGCAUCCCCACGGGUGCCGUGAUAUCACCACCAGACUCGUCGGAAAACUCGGAUGGGGAUGAAGGCAGCAAUGAGCGAGGCCGAGAGCUGGAGAAGAACUGGGAUCAACUGCAGCAAGCCGUGCGAGCGCUGCCGCAGCAGAGAGAAGGAUCGCCCGAAAAGGUCGGCACGCAGCUUGCACUGCAGACCAAAUCGGAACCGCAUUCACAAGUGACCUCGCCUGCCGCGUUAUCAGCUGCCGCUCGCAAAAUUUCGCAUUCCCGAUCGUCGACCGAAACAAAGAUUAUGUUGAAGACACCAACAUUUUCGGAAUCACCUACACAGACAUCGGACGACAGUGAGGAAGAUGACGGAAAUCCGUUGAAGCCUGCCCUGGUACGGAAGAAGUCCGGCGAGCUUGUCAAGCCCGCGUUGAGGCCGUCGUCCAGGCGGCGUUAUUCGAGCAUGCCUGGAACGCCAACCUAUUCGAAAUCGGUACACUUCAACGACAGCGAUAACCAAACCCGACACUUUCUACAGGUUGACAAGCCGAUCGCCGUCAGCGCAGGCACGUCUCCUGUGGAAAUGUAUGAGAGUGAAAGUGAGUUUCCGUUCGAGGAAACGGCCAAGCCCGAGCUCGAGAUCAAGAUUGCCAACUUCCCCGAGGAUACCGUCACCCGACGGAGCAAGCCUGUCCGAUUGGAGCGCAUUUUCCUGUCUGCUGACAAGACUACACUGGUGGGCAUCUGCGCAGUGCAGAACCUCUCCUUCCAGAAACUCGUCAUUGCCCGUUUCACCCUAGACUAUUGGAAGACUACCUCUGAGGUCGUCGCGGAGUUUAACAAUUAUCCUCGCAGCCCGCCAAAAGACGGCUGCGACCGGUUCAAGUUCCACAUCAAGCUGACGGACCAAGCCAACAUCGAUAACAAGACCCUGUUGCUGUGCGUACGCUACGACGUUGGUGGUCAAACAUACUGGGACAACAACAAUGACAGAAACUACCAAGUCGACUUCAGCAGAACGCAGCCAGAAAAGAAGCAUGUUAAGAAGACUGUUCAGCACAGCCCUCUGGGCCAGCGUCCGCUGAACGCCAUCCCACGCAGCAAGCACAACGCGUCAUCACCACGAGGCAGACAAGAUUCUGUCGACGAUGACUUUGUCUCGCGACUUGAUACCAGUUCUGCUUAUAGCUUUGGCACGCCGUCCAAGUUCCUAGGCGACUCGCCCUCCAACUCCAUCAAGCUGAAGCCAAGAUCAAAGCGACCAACCUUCUCUGUCAGCGGUCCUCCUUCUGCUGCCAUCAAUGGUCUGGGCAGUCGCUACGACUUUGGCAACUCGCUGUCUGCUGCCUUGUCUAGUGCACAAGACAAACUCGGACGCCAGAGCGGACUUAUGAAUGGCUCUGCAGCCGAGCAAGCUGGAGGUAGUUACUUCCCUCUGGGUCCUGUUGAACGUGUGGAGCCAAGCAAGCCCGAGAUAACUGGUCGACCGGAGGCCAUCACUUCGGAUCGACCUGCAAUGGGAUCAGAACAGUACAAGGAUCUCGUUCAGAAGUUCUGCUACUUUACGCCCGGCACUGGAAUUGGCAAGGCAGCAUCGCCGUUGCAGACUAGCAACUCAAAGUCCUCCUCGUCGCAGCAGCAAAAGCAACCUCCUAGCACAGAUGGCACUCAGGAGGCCGAACCUGCCACCUCCUCGGAAUCAUCUGCUGCGAACUCUCCGGUCCUACCCACGAUUGUGGCCAAAGAUCGAGCAGCAUGCUCUCCAGCUUUGAUACCAUUCAUGUCUCGGUCCCAGUCCCCAGUGCCGACCACAGGUCAAGGCUUGGGAUCGCGCUCGGCCUCACCCGUCAGCUUUGGGUAUCCUUAUCACAGCAGUCACCGAGAUGGAUAUCUUUCUGAUACGCCAACGCAAACGGCCAUCCUUGGUUGA